AUGUCGUCAACCCAUUCACUUUCGAAGCUUCUGAGCAACCUUUCGCUGGCGCCGAUGACGCCGACAUCGGUGUUCACAACAAUGGCAAUCAAUUCGACAACCAGCCGAGCUUUUAGCGCGUCAUCGGUGUCUCUCAAGCGCAGAUCGGCGGACGCCGGCCGCAAACCGACGCCGCAACAUCUAAAGCCCAAAAUUGGUACUGGAAAGACCAAAGCGUCAGCUUCGAAGCGCAAGGCCAAGGGCAAACCGACGGGCCAGACGGAGAGCGGGCGAAAGGUGCGCACUCUCAAGCAAAACAUGUUCUCACCGGCACCGCCACCCCUGCGCAUGGCUCGCCAGCGACACCUGCGCCACUGGACCAUCCAUCGAGCGUGGCAGCUGUUCCGCCGCCAGCAGCACGAGGCGCUGCAUAAGGAGCGCAGCCGCAUGCAGGCGGGCAUGUGGAACGCGUGCGAGGCGCUGCGGCUGACGGAGGGUCCCGGCGGUCGCGACCAGGGAUACCUCUACCGUGUAGCCAUGGAGAAGAAGGGCGUGUGGAACGGCGACGCGAUCCCAAUUGAGUAUGCGCGCAUGCAGACGGAGACGCCGGCUGUUCAAGCGUGGAAUCACGAGUGGAAGCGAUGA